CCGAGAGCGAAUACUCCAGGGUCGAGUAGUUCGGGCGCAUGCGGCAACCUUCCCUUUGCUAUCGCGAGGUUUCGUCUUCCCGGAAGCACUGGAGGAUCGUCCUCGGGAACGGCGUCGGGAUGUGUGGGGGCUGUGUGGAGAAGGAGUAUCCCAACCGGGGUAACAUCUGCCUGGAGAAUGGAUCUUUCUUGCUGAACUUUACAGGCUGUGCAGUGUGCAGUAAGCGGGAUUUUAUGCUGAUCACAAAUAAAUCUUUGAAAGAGGAAGAUGGAGAAGAAAUAGUUACCUACGAUCAUCUGUGUAAGAAUUGUCAUCACGUAAUAGCCAGGCAUGAGUACACAUUCAGUAUCAUGGAUGAAUUUCAGGAGUACACCAUGCUGUGUCUGUUAUGUGGCAAAGCUGAAGACUCUAUCAGUAUUCUCCCUGAUGACCCUCGACAAAUGACUCUGUUGUUCUAGGAUCCUUCUGCAGUUCUGUAGUAACUAUGUUGUAUUGGUUCACAAUACAGCAUGCCUCAUGGCUUGUCUUACUUUGUUUAUAAUGGAAAUUAUUUUGCGUAUUUUUUUCUGCUUAGACUUAACUAUCCUUUGAAAGAAAACGUAAUUAGGGGAUUGUAUUCUUCUGCUGAGCUCUUCUGCUAAAGUUCCCAGUUCACAUCAGAAUGAAGAAUCUCUAUUAGAAGUUACGUGGCUAGAAAAUAAAACUAGAAUGGGAGCAUACCUAAUGCCCAGGUCUUAGUUCCAAUAAAAGGAACCAGGGCUCCUUGGAGAAAUGAUUGAUUCUAGGACUGGGGCAGUAAAUACACAAGAUGAGCUUGGAGCAUUUUGUGCCACAAGGAAAGUGCCAAAAAAAAAAAAAAAAACCCAAAAAACCAAACCAAACCAAAACAAAAAACAAACCCAUAAAACACAAUGAUUGGGAGUAUGUCAAAGGGACAAAAGAGCCGACUGAAGGAGCUCCCAGUGACUGAAGCUGGAAUGGUUUCAGCAACAAAAUAAAGUAGUAUUGAAUUAUAACCCAAACAGUAAAUAUUCAUGCGUCAUUACUGAUAUAAAUAAAUGAUUGAAAAAAUAAAUACAAAGAUUGGAAGAAUAGACAUGCUGAAGAAUUUCAAAUAAUAUAUGUAGAUACUUCCCACUCCUUAAGGGUGGUUUAUGCAUAGCAGCUUCCUUCCAAAGAGUAGAGUGUGCCAAGGGAGAAAAGGGCCUUUACAGUGGAAAAACCUGACAAACACUAGCUCAACCAGAUGACCAAGAUUAACAUCCUCAAUGAUAACCCUAUCGAUAAUAGCAUGUACCCUUGAUAUGAUGUGAUGAAAGGGUACUUUACCUUUGUGGUUUUCCUCCCCCAAACCCAUAACCCCAGUCUAAUCAUGAGAAAAACAUCAGAGAAAUCCCAUUUGAGGUCCAGCUUACAAAAUAACUGACAAGUACUCCUCAAAAUUGUCAAGGCCAUAAAUACAAGUCUGGGAAACUCACACAGCCAAAAAGAGUGUAAAGAGACGUGACAACUAAAUGUAACGAAGUGUCCUAGGACAGAAAAAGGACAUUGGGUUAAAACUAGCAAAAUCUGAGUAAAGUGUGGGCUUUAAUCAAUAUAUGUAAAUAGGAUGAUUUCAACUGCUCCAAAGAAAUCUUAGACUAUCUCACCUUGUAUAGUUGAAAGAACACUGGCUUGGGUAUCGGAAACCCUGGCAUUUAGUUCUCUCUGCCACUUGGUAGCAGUAUAACCAUCAAGCAAAGCAUAACUCUCGUCUUUAUUGUCCCAUUUCUUUUAGAUUGGGCUAAUAAAAAUUUACUGUAUUGUUAGAAGAUCCAAAUGAAUAAUGAAUGUAAAAUGCUUUAGAAAGCAUAUAAAGUACUGUAUGCAAUGAGAUGGCUUUGGUUAGUUCUUCUAAGACCAAAACUUAAAGGGUCAGACAUUAGAUACAAAAUUGUUUCCUCUUCAUAUCUAAGAAAUUUGGAAAUUCUAAACUAAAGCUUUGCUUGUAAGGGAAAAAAGUGAGUAAAAUGUCCAUCGUUGAUACAGGGAAAUUUUGUUAUAUAACAGGAAUAAUAAUAAUGCUGAGGUUUGGGGCGCCUGGGUGGCUCAGUCGUUAAGCGUCUGCCUUCCACACGGGUCAUGAUCCCAGGGUCCUGGGAUCGAGCCCCGCAUCGGGCUCCCUGCUCAGCGGGAAGCCUGCUUCUCCCUCUCCCUCUCCCCCUGCUUGUGUUCCCUCUUUGCUGUCUCUCUCUCUGUCAAAUAAAUAAAUUAAAAAAAAAAUAAUGCUGAGGUUUAUUGAGUACUUACUAUGUGCCCAGGCCUUUUUAAACGCUUACUUUAUCCUCAUUAACAACUCCAGGAAGUAGGUACUAUUGUUAUCCCAAUUUUGGAGCCAAAGAAACUAAAGCACAAAGAAGUUAAGGAACUUAAGGUCACACAACUAGUACGGUGACUUCAUCUCAACACUGUUGUUUACGACAUACGAAGUAUAAGGGUCUGGCAAGGUGAGGAGGAAGUUGAGAAUGUCAGCGACAACACUCUGAGGAAUCUAGGCAUGUCAGACCAAGAUUUGUUAUUCAGAAAAGUUAAGUCAUCUGCUCCUUAGGGAUCAGUUGUGUUAUUCCUGGAAAAUGUUUUCCACUUUUCUGCAAAUCUAUAUCUGACCUGCUGAGGAAAUCGUUUGGUGAAAUGGAUCCAGAAAGCAGAGAAAAUGCUUCAUUACUUUAAAUAGCAGCACUAAGCCCAUUAUAGCCUCUGAAUGGUCCCUUCUUGGAGUUUGCUAAUGCUUCCAACUUAGUCAUUUGGAGCUCAAGAGUAUGAUUUAUAAGCCCCAACAGAUAUCUUCGUCUAUUAUAGACUGUAUAAUUAUCUGUCUGUUUUGGACUAUAUAUUACAAAACUUGAAACCUAAGAUCCUAUCCACAUUUGUCAUUAUUAAACCAACUUUAUGCUGUGUUUUGUGACACUUUAUUUUCUAGAAUUCUUCUAUGGAUCUAAUCAAAUAAAGACCUCUUGAACCCA